CAAGCAGAUGCACACAGUAUGCAGUAUCAGUGAAAUGCUUUAUAUAUUAGGACUGCUUAGUUGUCUCACUUGCUUGAAUGCGGGCAGUUCCCACAAGUGUAUUGUGACCAUUGUGACUGGGGCAGUUGAGCGAUAAGUUUUACAAAGGAAAAUAGAUGGCAACAGUGGUCAUAGGCACAGUGAAUUGCGCAAGAGUCUGCCAUUCCCAUACCAGUAGUGAGCGGUUGCGAAAUGGUCUUGGCGGUAGCGUGAGAGAAUAUGGUUGGUUUUUCUUGAAAAUGUUCGCGUUGACCGUACUUUUUUGUUGCAUGUUAUUUGGAAUGCUUGCGGUUCAUUAUCUACCAGUGUAUAUUAUAGUGGCCUUUGUAGUAGGACUCUUUUUAUUUUUAUUUUACAAAAGUUACGCCAAGUGGGUGAGGGUUCAUGAGCGUGGUCGUAACGGUCCGACUCCGUUUGAAACUAUUCUGAGUUCAUUUCGUGUGUGGAUAGGCUCUUCAGCAAUCUCAGUCAUGAACACCUGUGAAAAGUUACGAUCUACCUCGCAUAGAAGUAGGACAAAUACGGCGCCUCCUUAUGCUGAAGGAAGUCACUUAACCUUGAUGAAAACUUCGCAAGAAAAUCACACAAGCACGUAUUACUCUGGACUUUGUGGAGAGAAUCUUGAAUAUAAACCAAGAAAUUCCUUCACUGAUGACUUAUCAACUGAUUCGCCGCAUAGCAGUAUGAGAUCUCAUAACAGGAGCCAGCGACCAUUGCACCAGGCCCUAAGCGGAUGUUCUGGAGAUUUAAGCUUUUCCCCCAAAAGCUCACCGUGGGGCAAUAGUGUGAGUCCAAAAUUAAGAAGUCAUGGUUCAGGGGUGAAAACAAUCCAGACUGUUGGAGGCCCCCUUCUUGCUUCAACAAGGUUCAACUUCAACAAGGAGGCAAGGAUGUUUGGAGAUGUAUGCAGUCCAGGAUUCAGUAGCCGUGUGGCCCAUUAUGCAAGCGAGGAUUCUAAAACAUUGACACAUCAGAAACAAUAUUCAGGCCCAGGACAGUUUCCUCUUGUUCGGUUGGAUCAUGCUGCAUCGAGGAUGCCAAUUUUGUCCUCUCGCAGAAGUCAGACGAGUGUCCAGAGCCGUGUUACAGUUAAGGUUGCUCCUCCUAUGUCAUCAGAUACAAGGUUUAUGAGAAAGUCGCAGAUCAUGAGUGACGCUUCUUUUGAUGAGCAACAUUCUUCAAAGUCUUUCUUGGACGUGCUAAGGGAGAUGUCUCGUAAGCGCAUUCAUGCUCAGGUGAAUGAAAAUGAAGAUGAUGAUAUAGUAAAGAGACAGCGCAAGGGAGAAGGACAAAUCACCUUGGACAAUGGUUCAGACGUCCCACAAGUUCAGGGUGACAUCAAUGCUGUAGGAAGGCGAAAAAGAGAGGAGUCUCCUGUCCAAAGUGAGGCAAGCUGUCAGCCCCCUCAGCGGCAGAAAAGACAAACUCACAACAAUGAGAUCUCAUGUUCACUCAGUUCUAGCAGAAAGCUCUUGAAACAUAUGAAGAAAAGCACAAAGAGGAAAUCCUCCACAAAUGAUUGGUCACGUAGUGGUACUCCUGUCUUGGGUAAACCACCUAAAAAAUCUCGUGAAAGCCUUGGGGAUGCCACUCACAUUUUGAAGACAAGUGAAACUGUGGCAACUACAUCGUCCAGUCAUACCCCUGUCGUGAGUGCCACCACCACAACACUUUCCUCUCAUGAGGCAGAGGACAAAUCAAAUGACAGGUCUGAGAGUGUUAAGCCAAGUGAGUUUCUGCCCAAAUUUGCUGCUGUUCUGGACAAGAGAACAGGUCCCGUGUUGAACAGUGUGGCAGCAUUAGAGGCAAAGCGAGCCCAUGACAGACAGACUCGUCUGAGGUCUAUGCUUGCUGUUAUAGCUGGAGAAGAUGAUUUCCUAAAGGAACCGUCAUCUGACAGUGAGACUAUUGCCUCAACUGCUGCUGUCACCACAUCUUUACCGAGCAUGCUCCCCCCGGUGGCAGCAGCAGCAACUGGAGCAAGUGAAAUGACAGAUAAUGUGGAAACAAGUGUGGCAACCAGUUCACAAAUACAGUCUCUUGUUACAGACACCUUGACACCGGCUUCAGGUGCAAGGAGCCCAUGUUUACCAUACAGUGUCUCCUUGACAGUACCUAAUGUUUCUCCUGCAGUGCCAAGUACCAGUGCUGCAAAUGUAAAUUUUGGACUCCUGGGGUCAGUAACAUCUCCUCCAUUGAUAUCUUUGUUAAACAAAACGGCUCCAAGUUUUACUUUAGCAGUAUCUUCUCCAUCUAGUGCUCCAGUUUCUUCGGAACAGAAGAUACAAUCAUCAACUCUAACCUCUUCAUCUGGUACUUCUCUUAUUUCUGGCAAAUCUCAGUCUCCAUCAAGUUCACCAUGUAAUGGAUCUAUCAUUCCUCCUCCCUCCAAAGAACUGACAAGCCACGGGUCAUUGUCAGAUAGCAAUAGCAGCGGUGGCUUCAGUUAUUCAUCGACAAGCACUGUUAUUAAUGUCCCGAAGCCAGUGGCCACAGAAGCUACAAAGAGCUUAUUCAGCUUUGGAAGUACAGCAUUGACUUCUUCAGUGAAUGCAUCAGCAAAUGUAACAUCAAAUUCAGUUACUGGGUCUGUAUUUGAGGUGAAGAGUUCCAAAGUAAAUGCAGGUCUGUUAUGUUCUCCAGCAGUGUCAGCUCCUUCAGGUAUUUCCAGUCCUGCAGCAGUCAGUCUCUUUGAUUCUGCUAAGAGCAAUGGGGGACCAUCUACAUCACUCUCCAGCGGAACAUUAAAUUUUGGAAUAAAACCAGCCACAUCUACCAACAGUCCCUUUCAAUUUAGUACUGCUACUAGUAGUAGUACUGCCACUUCACCUGGGGGUUUCAAGUUUCUUUCCACAAAUGGAAUGAAAGAGAAUGCAGCUCCAACAGCAGGAGAUCUUCAGCCAAAAAUAAAUCUCACAACCUCCAAUACAGCACCCAUUUCUACAAUUUCUGCCAUCACUCCUCUAUCGUCUACCUCUUCUGUUACCAUCUCAGCACCUGCUUCCACAAGCCAAUCAGUAUUGCCAUUCAAAUUUGGAACUACACCAGUGUAUGCCUUCAGUAAUACAAGUACUGCAAAUGGACCUACACAGAGUUCCCAAGGUUUUCCUGGAGGCAUAUUUGGAAAGUCCCAGCCUGAGACUACUAAUGGAGUGACACAACCAUCACAACAAAGCCCAUUUACAUUUGGUGCAUCUUCAUUUUCUCAGAAUCAGAGCUUGACUGGCACCUUCACAUUUGGUGCAAGUUCAUCACCAUCCAGUGGUGUUAAGACUGGGAAUAUUGCCUUUGGUGGAAGUGGUGGGAAUGUACCAAUCCAGACAACACAGUCAAAUAAUGGGAAUCUGCCAGAACAAGCAUCACAACCAGUAUUUGGAAGUAGCGAGAACAAGACAGGUGCAGUAUUUGGCACACCAAAAUCAACUGGUGGAGUGUUUGGAAGCACACACUCUUCACAACCAACUGGAGGAUUAUUUGGGAGUUCAGUAGCCCAGUCAGGCGGGAUAUUUGGAAGUAAUGGCAGUAGUUCAGGACAGGUACAAUCAACAGGAGGGAUUUUUGGGACCGGCAUGAACCAGUCUGCUCAGUCACUGUUGCCCUCCUCUGGAGUGUUUGGAAGUACUGGCAGUCAGAUAACCCAGCCCUCUAGUGGAUUAUUUGGAAGUAGUGGAAAUGUCUCCACCCCAUCAACGCAGUCCUCUAGUGGAACAUUUGGUGCUAGUGGAAGCGUGACAACUCAGGCUACUAGUGGAAUACUUGGUAGCUUAGGGAACCAGUCAGUUCCGGCACCACAGCCAGGAACAGGACUUUUUGGAAGUGUUGGGAGUCCAUCAUCACAGAUGUCUCAGCCAUCUGGUGGAAUAUUUGGGACCCAGUUACAGCCUAAUGGGGGAAUAUUUGGAAGUGCCAGCAGCCUGAGUACCCAACCAGCUGGUAGCAGUACCCAGAAUAUGUUUACAUUUGGAUCAACAACACCCAUCACACCAGCGCAGCAGCCAGCAACUACUACCAGCACAGGGACAUUUGGUACUACUACACCUUUUCAGUUUGGAGCACCAAAUAAUAACACUGCUGUUUCAGCUUCCCAACCAACUGGAGGCUUCAGCUUUGGAAGUUCAGGUGUCAAUCCAUCAGCACCAGCAAUUAACUUCACUGCUGGGACAUCCGGAAAUACUCCAUUCCAAUUCGGUGCAGGGUCAACUCCAGUGUUUGGAAGUCAGACCACAGGACAGGGCAUGUUCAGCAUCGGCUCUGGGUCUACUGCUCCACGGGCUCGUGCCACAAGGUUGCGGCGACAGAGAUAGACUGAACUGAUAUAUUAAUUGGGAGGACUUCUGAAAAUCAGAAGAGUGUUCGAGUAUUUAUAAGGUGGCAGAUUGUGUAAAUAAAACCGUAUGAAUAUUUGUUUUGAUUUUGGACACGUUUUGAAGUAUGCUGUUAUAAUUGUCGCAGUUUCGAAACAAAUACUAAAUGAUUUAAUGUUGACAUACAGUGGAACUUUAUAUUUUCCGUGCUUGAAUAUAUGUACAUUGUGAGAAAUAUGAAGAUGAAUUUGUUUUAUGUAUGCAAGUGAUGAGGCUGUAUUUUUUAAAGAGAAAAUGAGUGAUAGAAAUGCACAGGACUGUGUUUCUAAACAAGAAUUUACUACCUUGUGACUUGACA